AUGGCUGCAGUUGCCUCCCAGAUUGUCUUGCAUCCGCUUGUCUCUCAGUCUAUCAAACUCCUGGGUACUACUCUUGGCCGGGACAAGAUUUACCGCACAGUACAAUACUUUGCUCGAUUCUUGGCUUGGGUCUUGCUUACUAGGGGACACAAACUUGAAGCCUCGCGAUGGAAUUCUCUGAAAAAUGCUUUGGCUAGCGGCCGUAAAUUAAUGCGCCUCAUGAAGCCGGUAGAGCACCUUCAGGCAGCAUUGCGUGCGUCCCAGCUUUCUACUCUCCGAUCAUAUCCAAUAGAGCAGUAUACGACGAUUGCUCGUCAAAUUAGCUAUGCGGGAUACCUUUCUUUGGAUGCGGUCGUAUGGCUCAAUUCUAUAAGGUUCUUGAACCUCGCUCCCACAUCUUCAACAAAAGUCAACAAAGCUUCUCAGCGUUUCUGGCUCUCUGGGAUCUUGUUUAGUAUUGUCCACGGACUCGUUAGGGUUGCAAGAUUGGCGAAUGAGGCCAAGCGCCUGCGCUCGGCUUCCGAAAAGGGGGUUGGUGCGGACGCCGAUCGCUCGUCCAAAGCCAUGGCGCUUGACAUUGACCGCUACAGCACUCGAUACCAACUUAUUCAAGAUUCUUUCGAUUUUUUCCUGCCUGCAUCAAACCUUGGUUUUGUGGGUGUCAACGAUGGUGUGGCAGGAAUUAUUGGAGUCGUCACAUCCCUUAUGGCCCUCCAGCUCCAAUGGAAGUCCGUUGGAAAAUCUAUGGGCAAGUAA